AGUUAAGAGACUUUUGCGAAGUUGAUCGGUUAAAGGCCACGCGAGGAUGAAGCGCAAUUGCUUCUAUCUGUUACGAACAACGAUUACUUUAUCGUCUUUCAGUGUUGGCGUCUACUUGCUGAUGUGGGUCGCAUUGCAGCACAGACACGUGUUAAGGGAGUCGGUGAGAAGACGGACGCCAGGAGAGGCUCUGGCCAGACACCUUUCCAGUGCCUCAGGGACCACACAGGUGCCCACCAACAGCACAGAGCCACAAGAGUUACUGGGCAUACCAACAGCGAACCGCGUGCCGGAGAGCAGUGUCUCGGGUCACGUAACCCUGGCUCGACGCAACGGCGAAAGCCUCCUGUCCUAUAGCGCCCGCUGGAGGAGCUUCCUGCCGGCCGCAUGCAGGGAGCUCGAGGAAACGAGCACGGCUUACAGAACAGCCGUGCGGAGCCUGACGACGUCGCCGGGCGUGUUCGCAGCGUGCGUGCCCAAGAAGGCAGGAUUCACCUCUUGGAAGGAUCUGAAGAAGCAGUUAUCCCAGAGGCAGCCUCCGCAGCGCCAGGUAGCCUUCAUCAUCACCGUCAGGCACCCUCUUGGCCGCCUCGUCUCGGGGGACAAGUUCCUGGGUGGUGCACCCAUCUCCGAGUAUAAUGGGGCGUGGCGGCGCGCGACGGGCAGCGGCGAGUCGUGGUCAAAGCGUUGGCGGGACUACUGGUUGCCGUGCCUCAUCGCCAGGGGCUCCGUCGCGUUGCCGAAACGCUGCCUGCCGGAUCUCAAGGGGCCCUACAGAAGUAACUUGGAAAGGCAGCAGAUUUCCAUGUGUCUUGUGCGGGACUGCAACCAGACGGCAAGGGAGACGCACAAGAACGCCGUCUUCACGUUCAGAGAUUAUAUCCAGAUGGUGCUGUGGUCGCACGAUCAUGGCGUCAUGAACGUGCACUUUGCACCCAUCGCGAGUCUGUGCGCCCCGUGUAACAGGACCUACGACUUCAUCGUCCACACGGAAACCCUCUCGCAGGACGUGGAGGAACUCCUCGGGUUCCUGGGCGUCCCUUCGGAGGUACAGAUGAAGCAAAAACACUCGUCCCACGGCUCCACGCAGGCCUCAAGCGACGCCCUCUUCGCCGCCAUCCCGAGAGAGAGCCUGGCGAGGAUUCUGAGCAUCUACGAACCAGACUUCACGCUGUUCGGUUACACGUGA